UCUUCCGAUCUGUGAUGUGCAUGCGAGGUGAAUGAAAACGGAAACGGAAAUGGAGCACCUGCACAAAGCAAGCAUGGAUGCCCCGUGAAAUAUGCGAAAAGCAAGGAAGUCAUAUUUAAUGAAAAUUCAAAAAGUCUACAAAUAAGCGACCCCAAGUAAAGAAAAAGUGGAAAUUUUAUGUGAAGUUUAUAUGAAUGAAAGUGCAAACGGACGAACGGAAAUUUAAUUAUUUUGCAAAUAUCCCGAAUAAGUGCUCUGUGUGCUGGCACAUCCAUUUACCUCCCCUGCCCCCAAAUAAUAGCCCGGUAUUUGUUUUUCUAUGCCCCCCACAAAAUAAUACAAAUUCGACGAGUGAAUGUUUACUGCCGGGGCUGGGGCAAACAAAUAGCCAAAAUAAGUGUGGAGCGUAAACAAAAACUUGAAAUGAUUGCGUCCGAAGUCAUCAGCUGGAAAGUCAACAUCCCCAAAUCGAUACUCGACUCGGGCGAGGAGUGAACCGCAAAUGUAAACGCAGUGAAUAAUGUGGAGGCCAUCACAUCAGAAUGCAUCACUCGAACCUCAUUCGAAAUAGGAUAGUGUUGAUUUUGUGGCUGAUGCUUGCAUAUGAGGCCUUGGGCCAGAGUCUUGGGCCGCACAAUAUCACAACCACACCCAGCAAUCCCGCAGCGAUAUCCCUGAUCCAGAGUGGGGAUGUGCAGCCUAAGAGUGCCCUUUCAAAAUCCCAUCAAUAUGAUACCAGCUUGCCCGCCUCAAAGAAUGCGACACCUGAAAUCACCGAGCUGAGCACGAACGUGACGCUCUACAUGGAGAAAAUUCCACGCUUACGGGUGCGAUGGCAGGACAACUUGCCGAAUGGCACUUCCUACAAUGUCCUUGUUAGUGCCGUUAACAACAGCCGUUGUCCUGAUGCACCUUGCAGCGAGUACGGAAUCAAGCAGAAUAUCAGCUCCAAGUCCCAGUUCGUAGACCUGCCAGUGAAUCCCAGCCUGAACGUGGAGUCCGUGGACUGCAACUACAUGUUCGGCUGCCAGUACCAGGUCAUUGUGGAGACCUCCAACGCGAAGGUCAGGCGAUCUGCCCGCUUCUAUAUUCCUCAGUGCCUGGAGGGCAAGUGCUCCUGCCAAUUGGCGCCCACGCCGCCCAAGGUCCUGGCCCUGGGCAAAAUGCUCAGCAACGAGACCAUCAGCAUCAAUGUCUCGAUCCUGGCCAGCGAGCUGUUGCGCAAGGAGCAGGACUCCCAUCUGCACGAGACAUUGAAGACCUACAAAAUGCAAUUGAAAAUCAACGAGGAGACCAACCCCUCGCUUCCCUGGGGCGGGGUGCUGAAGCACCUGAUGACCCGCGUCUUCGAACUCGGCGAACUGAACUUCAGGCCAACGCCCAAGGGCCUCGAGGGCAUCAUGAAGCUGGGCCUGGGCACGCAGCUCAAGGAGAAGGCCUCGCUCAGUGUGCAGGCCGUCAUCCUGGAUCCGUCGGGAUGCGAGGGACCCCGCAGUGUUAGCAAGGUGCCAGUGCCCGUCAAUUCCGUGCUGCUAACUGAGGGAGACAGUGUGAGCAACUCCAUCGUUGUGAUGAGCGGCAUGCUGAUUGCCAUUAUCCUGGCUGGGCUGAUUAUGCUGCUCCUGCGACGACGACGGGCCAGGACAACUGCCAAGCUGCGAAAGCAGGAGCAGAUCUACAUCCAGACCUUUGCCACCUCCGCCAUUGAGAUGGAGGAUAAUCUCAACUAUGUGGACAAGUACGUCGAGAAGUCACAGGUCCUGGGACUGGCAGACAUCUUCGAGGUGCCCCACUCGGCCAUCCAAAUCGGGCGAAUGUUGGGCGAGGGGGCCUUUGGCGAAGUGCACGAGGCCACGGCGAUUAACUUGCGCCGGAUGAGGGGCACCACCAUUGUGGCAGUGAAGCAGCUGAAACCCAAUCCCAAGGCGGACGAGGUGGCCGAGUUCCUGGCCGAGAUCGAGAUGCUCAAGGGCGUGGGCACGCACCACAACGUGGUCUGCUUCCUGGGCUGCUGCACCAUCAAGCCGCCCUACCUGAUGAUCAUGGAGUACGUGGGAAGGGGCAAUUUGCUGAGCUACCUGCGAACGGUGCGCCAGGAGGCGAGCAAGCUGAAGAAUCGGAACGCCAACUACACCACCUGCAGGCCCAUCAGCAGGACCAAUGGCACCUCCUCGCCCAAGUCGCAGAGCGUGAACUACAUCGAAUUGAAGGCAUCCAGCCAGACCAUUGAGUUGGUGCAGGGCCAGGACGACUCCAGUGCCAGCAUGAACGGUCCCCGACAGCCACAGCCCUCCUUUGCCGAAACCACUUACACCAUUGUGGAGGACGAGGACGCCUUCGAGUACAUACUGGACAACAAGGAGCUGCACAAUUUCGCCCUGCAAAUUGCCAACGGAAUGCGCUUUCUGGAAGAGCAGGAAAUCACGCAUCGUGACCUGGCGGCGCGAAAUGUACUGAUUGACAGCAAUAAAACCCUGAAAAUAUCCGACUUCGGGCUCUCCAGGCAUGGAAUUUAUACGAACACCAGGACGCGAAAGCUCCCUCUUCGCUGGCUGUCCAUCGAAGCCAUUCGCGACAAUGUCUACUCCAGCAAGAGCGACAUCUGGGCCUACGGCGUAGUGCUCUGGGAGAUCGGAACCCUGGGGGCCUCGCCCUAUCCCACGAUCAGCAACAGCGAGCUUAUCCCGUUCCUGAUGGCGGGCAACCGCCUGGAGCGGCCGGAGAUCUGCACCCCGCAGGUGUACACCAUCAUGCUGCAGUGCUGGCUGGAGGACCCCGAGGAGCGGCCGACCUUCGACGCCCUGUACCGGGUCCUCAGUCCAAAGACCACCUACGUGGACAUCAACAGUCUGAGUGAUGACUACGUCUUUCCUCCGAUCAGUGAGAAUAGGGAAUAGGCUAUUGUAUAAAUAGUUAUAGACGUAAUGUAAUCCUAGACUCUCUCUAUUGUUAAUUGUUAAAAGUGUAAUGCUGUCUUUAGGGUUUAAAUUCGAUUAUUGUUAGA